CCGGCUCAGUCGGUUCAGUGAGUUACGAGUUGCGUCCGGGUUCGCCGUACGUGCGAUAACGGGGGCGUCAAUCGGAUUGCGCGAUUGGGAGAGGAUUCCUAACCUCGUGCACGCUUUCCUUUCUCUCUCUCUCUCUCUCUCUCUCUCUUUCUCUUCCUCUCUUCCUCACUCUCUCCUUUCCACCUUCUCUAUCUCUCUUUCUCUAUCCGUAACGCUUCCGUCUCUGUCGUUCCUUCUUUCGGUCCGUCCCUCUCAUUCGGCUAUGGGCAACAGGUUUGAAUUUAUGGGACAAUAAAGAGUGUGGUGCGUAGUGCGCGCGUGUUUCCCUCUUGCUCGCUCGAGCGGCUCUCCUCUCUCUUCCGCCAGCGAGAGCAGCCUCGUUUCUCCUACGGACACGUUCUGGGCUCUCCUCAUCUGCCACCGUGAACGGAGAACACUGCGCCGAAGACUAUCAAACUCUCAUAAAACUGUCAGCCACGGUCGGCCGGCUGACUUAUGCGCGUCCCUUCUUCCGACCGUGACUAGGGAGACCUGUCUGCUCUUCUGAAUCGCGGGGUCACGCGAAAUGCGGCAGCGGGUGACUCGAUAGCAGUGACCAUUCCUUCGUUGCGAGAGACGAGGAAGAAUCCCGGUAUUGUCGUCAGAUGGUCGUUGAAUCCUGAAGAUUUUGUCAAAAGGAGGAAAACGUACGAGAAAGUUGAAGGUGGAUGUUCGAAAGAUGACGACGAUCGCGCAGUAUCGCUGACGUUACGCGUGUCAAGGGACGAGAGAUUGGAAGAAGAUCGAGACGAUCGGCGAUCAAGCAAAACGCGGCGGUAGCAUCUCGCGGGGAACCACCUCUUCUUCCUUCUUUCGACGAGGCACGAGGGUGUAUGCGGAAGGGGGCGCGUGCGCGCGUUGCCCCCUCGCAGAGACGGUAAGCGGAAGACUACUUCUUGGUGACGUUGCGGCUAGAAGGUUGCAGAGGAGAAAACGACGGCGUGGAAGAAAGAGAGAAAAAGAGGCAGAGAGAAAGAGGGAGAGAGAAAUCCUCGCCCCACCAUCGGUCCUCGGGGCUCCCGAAUAUCUCUCCAUUAGCCCCCCUGACGGUGCUAUCCCCUCUCUGUGACCCCUCAGAUUUCCUAUCUUGCUCGCACACCCCUCUCGUCGGCUCUUGUCACGUCGGGUAACAGCCAGCCAGGCAACACCACCACACGAACAACCAGCAGCAGCAGCAGCAGCGCCAGCAGCAGCACCACGCAGACCCGACGGAGACGCAAGGAACGGGGUUGAAGAAUCCUACGCCGGCGGAGAGACCAAUCAAGGUUUGACGAACGACGGGGAUUGGUCGAGGCGCUCCUCUGACACGCAGAGAGCUCGGGCACGUGACAAGCUACCGCAUACACCGGGCCUCCGUUGGAUCGUGGCGAGGCCUUCAGUACGAUACCAACUACCCUCCGCGCACGCAACAGCAACGGUGAACGCUGAGCCGCGGCAAUAAAACGCUUCACCCCCUAAUGCGGUGAUAUCGGUACACCGGCACACCGAUCAUCCGAUCACGGACAGAAAGAAUCAUUCGCCACGGUUCCGUCUUCAGUCGUCAACGACGGUCGCGUCGUCCACAUUCGUCGCGUACGUUUUCACGGUUUUCCGUGAAUACUUGUCUGUCGUACAAACGCGUCGUACAUCACUCGUUGGUUACGUUUUGGAGAUACAUCGUAAACACGGCACCGCGAAUUUCGUGCACGCAGUUACAAAAGACACAGCGGUGAACAAAUCAUCGUGCGAACAAAUCAUCGAGGAAGAUAGAAAUAAAGAAGUGGAUGGGGUCUCGUCUUCAAUGGGGCGACCAGAUAAGCCGGCUGUUACGCGCUACUGCACGCUGCCUCGACGAGUUCUCUGUAGGUAAUUGCGACUCGUGAGGUCGUAAAGAAGCAGAAGACAGUUUUAUAGCCCAGGCCCACGUGGCCCUCGUAAACUCGACUCGGCUCAGGUCGGUUUAGACUCUGCCCGCCUGCCGGCACACGACUGCCUCUCCUUCUAUUCGUCGCGAUCCCCCUCGUUCAUUAUCGAAUCGUUUAGGGACGUGUUUAUCCGCGUGUAAAGGACCGCGAUAGGUGUAAACACGGCAGAGGAACAAGAGAACGGUGAGAUCGUUUUUAUUCCUAACCGAGUGAUAGCUCCUAACAGCCACUGUUGUUCCUCUAUUACCGCCAAGUGUGACAUGCUACCGUUUCUAUCGUCGUCAUCGUCGUCGUCGUCGUCGUCGAAUCUAUCGUCGCCGUCGUCGUCGUCGCCGUGGUCGUCAUCAUCAUUGUCGUCAUCGUCGUCGUCGUCGUUUUCGUUUUUAUCGUCGACGUUGUCGUGAAAUCAACGACCAGCGAUGACAGGUUCUCGUAUUUAACGACAGUGCGCGUAUCUUACCGCCACUCGAAGACCAAGGAUCAGAUUGGUGGUGUUGUUUCUCGUGGAAAUAUCGAACCGUACACACGUGUGGAACGAUCGGGCUAACAGUGUGACGACGAGUGCACUACUCGCGUGAACCAUGAGUUCCUAUCAGUUCGUUAAUUCGCUGGCGUCGUGCUACGCGGGCCAGCAAACGCAACAGCAACCACGAGCAACGGCCAAUUCACCUGGAGAACCGUUGCAGGCGGCAUCGCCCGCAGGUGGAGACUACUACAACCCGAACGCAGCAGCGACCAGCUAUCCAACACCGUGUUACUCUCCCCAGCAACACUAUCCUCAGCAUGCUUACGCCACUCCAGCCUCUGGAAUGCAACACACAGCGCCCACCGGCAUGAUAGACUAUACGCAGUUGCAGCCGCAGCCCCGGCUAAGCGCGACGACCACCUCGCAGCAACACAGUUUGCACCAACAGUCGCAGCAUCAUCCGCAACAGCAUCAUCCUCAACAGCAGUUGCAUCAAGAUCCGACGACGCCGCUUCUUCAGGCCGCAUCCGCGCCAUCGGCACCGUCCACAUCUAGCUGCAAGUACGCCGACUCAACGUCCUCCACGAGCGUCGCCUCGCCCCAAGAUCUAACCACGUCCACCUCGAGAAACAGUCCAACCCCUCUGGUGGCACCUGGCACCAGCAAGGCUGCAUCAGGCCUCACCUCGCCACCAGGAAGUUCGUCGAGGUCGUCGGUUGCCGCCUCGGCCGCCUCACCUGCCAGCGGAAGUUCCAGACCAGUGGCAGAAGGUAGCUCCACGUUGACCACCGCGUCGUCCGCUUCGUCGCCAGCAUCCUCCACCUCCAGCACCUCCAGCACCGGCAACAACACGUCGAACAAAACGAAUCCCAGCGGUAACGAGCCACCCAAAAUCUAUUCGUGGAUGAAGAGGGUGCACAUCGGUCAGAGCACGGUAAACGCGAACGGCGAGGUGAAACGGCAGAGGACGUCGUACACCAGGUACCAGACACUGGAGCUGGAAAAGGAGUUUCACUUCAAUCGCUACCUGACGAGGCGGCGCCGUAUCGAGAUCGCCCAUGCCCUCUGCCUGACCGAACGUCAGAUCAAGAUCUGGUUCCAGAAUCGGCGGAUGAAGUGGAAAAAGGAGCACAAAAUGGCGAGCAUGAACAUUGUACCGUACCACAUGUCGCCGUAUGGCCACCCUUACCAGUUCGCGCCCCACCCAGGCCAGUUCGCUCACUUGGCCACAUAGGACGAGUUCUCGCCCGCCGAGCUCGGAGCACACGCUGUCCGGUUCCCCGGGAUGUACGGCGAGCAGAACUUCUAAAAGGCUUUUUUCCUGUUCUCGGCCCGGCCGCCGUCACCAAAAACUGUAGCAAGUCUCGCGUGACCCGCCGCCGGCCCGGGACACUUCACUUCCAGUAGGACACACGUGGUGAGACCCGACGAGGUCUGACACAGGCGACCGAUGCCUCGACGGAUUGUCACUCGUCAAGCGGAAUUUCUACUUCUCUCCUUUCCUCUUCUUAUUAUUCUUAUUCCUUUUCUUUUUCUUCUUCUUCUUCUCCUCCCUCCCCCCCCUUUAUUCUGACAUUCUUUUCCCAUCGUCUUUUUGCUAGUACUCCAAUACUAUAUACGAAGGAACGCAUUGCGAACGAACGAGAGGGUUUUAGAGUUUUUUUUUUCCACGAGAAGGCUCGAGUAGACGUGUUCGAACUUCAAAAGAACUUUGUGAAACUUCGUUACGAUUCCAUCCUAUUUUACGAUUUUACUUUACACGACACGAUCGAUGAUUGGGAAUCGACGAUUCGUCGGUCUGUGCCUGUGUCCAUCCACGAGAUACUCCGUCACAAUAAAACUAUUCGAAGUUGAAGAGAAGCCAAAAAAUUUUCUGCAAUGCACGCCGUGCGCCCGAUUAAAUGGACUGGACGCGCUCCGAGGGGCCUCCUCUCGCCGCGGCUACACAUUACAAACGUACCGUUACUGAAUGCGGACGAGGAGCCACCUCAGCGGGUGAGAUAAAACCGAAUCAGUAGUUUUUAAGGCUUAGAAAUUAGCGGUCUAAAUAAUUAAUUAAUUGAGCGACUAAUUAAUUAAUUAUCUUGUCUUGGCUGCGCACUGUUUCGCAUCUCUGAAUCUUUUCAAAUCCUCCUGGUUCCCUGCCUCUAGCUCUUGCAUCCCACCCACGCACACCGUUCCCGGUAUAUUCCGAAUAACGAAGAAGAAACUAAAAAACAAAAAGAAAGAAAGAAAGAAAGAAAAAUAGAGGAUGCGCUCAUGUAUAUACUGAACUUCUUGUUUCUUCUUCCACUUCCUCUCUUCUCUUUCUCUUCUUUCGCUCGAAACCUAUCUCUCUGCGAGGGCGCGUUCCGUCGAUGGAAACGUCCUACGGACCACGCAGUCUCCAUCGACGAACCGCGCAGUUUCUAUGUGCACGUUAAAGUCUCUACUACGUAGUACGUAAGGUGCCUAUUAAUACUCGAUCCUAUUCUCUGCCGUUUUUCGAUAGAGGCUGCUGACAAUUUUCAACGUCCGUUCGAUCGACACGAAAUAACUCGCGAAAUCGAUGCGACGAAGCGCAUGCUAUUAACCAUACAGAUAAAAACAGCCAACAGUUAAGGGCAACAUAUUUUCUCGCGCGAUCGCAAUUCGUUAAGCCAAAUCGAUCGGGAAAGUAUCACAGGCUUUCCUCUAUGAUUCGCAUUAUAAAUGUAUACAUCUGUGCAUGUAAUAAUACGUCAAGUUACAAACUUGGUUUGUACGGUACUCUAUGUUCCUCUUUUCUUCUCUUUCCUGUUUCUUUUUUUUUUUUUUUUUUUUUUUUUUUUUUUUUUUUUUAAUAUAUCUUUGUUAAUAUAUCUUUAAAUCUUCGAACUCAGCCGAGUUCUCCUCGACUGUACAACAUUUUCGAUUUUGGAUUUUCAAUAGAACGUCGAGAAGGGAUCGACGACCAGUUGAAGACCAGGUCUCUGUAAAUAUCGCGAUCCGUAUUUUCCUAUGGCAGCUAACGAUUGUCGUCCGAGAACUAGUGAAAAUAUCAACUGUUCCUUUUCACGACGAUAACGCUGGACUUGGACUGGAGCGCGCGAUUUAACCCGGAGCGAUGCAAUUUCGAUACGGGGCGAUGUGGAAAAACUGAGUCUCGCUGCACACUCGCGGAAUCCUCGCGUCGCGUCGUGUAGCUUAUACUACUUUCGUCGCAGACGUUCGUUACAUUAUACAGUCUUGUCCGAAAUUGUAUAAAGAAUCGAAGAAUGUAUAUCCACUUUUCGUCUAUAGAGAUAAUAAAGAUUUCCAAGUCAACUGUUGACGCUUUGCGAGAGAAGUACGUUCACGUUCGCGCAUUCGUCUGUCGUUUAGUUGCGCGUCGCGUGCAAUACCAGCGAAACGAGCGGAAUCUGUAUAGCAAAACGAACGAACCGACGAAAAAACGGGCAACCGUCUCUCGAGGAAGAGAAGGAGAAGUAAAAGGUGGAAUAGGAGGAUCCCUCGACCUCCAUCGAACGAAACGGCAGGUGUAUAAAUGAAUUUUAGGUAAUGUGUUCGCAGUCGAAAUGCGUGCCCAUUUGUGCGUGUGCGCGCGCUCACGUUAAUUGGUUUAUCUUGUGAUACGAAGACGUAAAAAGAAAAGAAAAGCUAUAAUUAAACGAGAAGCAAAAAAAAAAAAAAAAAAAGAAAGAAAAAUUUCNUAUUUCAAAUUUCUCAGUAUUUCGCGAUGUCGCGAGGUAUUUUAAUUAAAGCGAGAAAUAUUAAAAAAAAAAAAAAAAA